AUGAUAGCUGGUGAAGCUGGAACACUCGCCGACCCCGUUGCGAAGGGUAUUUGGGCGACAGCCAAACAGUCCUGGUGUGAUUUGUUUAGAUGGAAACAACGAGCAGUGCUUACGAAUGAAGAGGGUGAAAUCCAUUGCGAAUGGCAGAGCCCAGCCCCGCUCAGAAACCCAUUUGCGCUGGCUUCAACACUAAGUGCUAAAGGCUGGCUUUACUUUAUGGUCGGACUCGCAGCAUGGAUGGCGGAUGCCGUCGACUUUAACGGCCUUUCUAUUCAGACAGUGAAAUUGUCUGAAUACUAUAACACGUCCUAUACAAAUGUGACCACGGCAAUCACUUUGACACUUUUGCUCAGGAGCGUAGGUGCCCUUUUCUUCGGACUUGCAGGAGAUCGAUUUGGUCGCAAAUGGCCUAUGGUUAUCAACUUGCUUGUCCUAGGGGUCUUACAAAUUGCUACCACUUAUGCGAAGACUUUCGGGGCCUUUCUGGGAGUCCGGGCCCUUUUUGGGCUCUUUAUGGGUGGUAUUUAUGGGAAUGCUACAGCUAUGGCACUUGAGAACUGCCCAACAGAGGCCCGCGGUCUUAUGUCCGGUAUUCUCCAACAAGGAUAUUCAAUGGGAUAUGUCGUGGCAGCUAGUGUCAACCUCGGCAUUGGAGGCUCCAAGGACAGCUGGAAGAUUAUGUUCUGGGUCGGAGCAGGUUUUUCCUUCCUUGUUGCUCUUGUGAGAAUACUAUUCCCCGAGUCAAGGCAAUUCACGGAGGCCAAGAAAGCGAGAAACAACAAGCCCAUCAGUGCACGCGCUUUUUGGGCUGAAACAAAGACGAUGCUAUCUAAGGAGUGGCGCAUGUGGAUCUAUUGUAUCAUCCUCAUGGCAUGGUUCAACAGUUAUGUUCACACAUCGCAAGACUCCUACAUUACCUUUCUGCUCACUGAGAAGGAACUCCCAAACAACUCUGCUGCUCGGGCAUCUAUUUUGGCGCUAACGGGCGCUUGUGUUGGUGGCACAAUCAUGGGAUACAUCUCGCAAUUCUUCGGCCGGCGCCGUUCGAUCAUUGUCUCGGUUCUUAUGUCUUGCUGCAUGAUCCCGGCAUGGAUUCUACCCAAUAAAUGGACCUCACUCAGUGCCACUGGAUUUUUCCUGCAAUUCUGGGCCCAAGCAGCCUUCGGGGUCAUUCCUAUUCACCUAAACGAGCUCGCUCCACCGCAAUUCCGAUCCAGUUUUCCCGGUUUGACUUAUCAACUGGGUAACAUGAUUUCAUCCCCAUCGACUCAAAUUGUCAAUGCUAUUUCGUCGUCUAUCAAGGUCAAAUCCAAGACAGGUAAGCCAGUCGAUGCUUACGGGCCGACCAUGGCAGUUGCAACGGCUGUCAUCGCCCUUUUAAUCGCCCUGACAACCGCUCUGGGUCCCGAGAGACGAGGGGCACAUUUUGAGACAGCCAAAGUUGCGGGUCAGGCUGUAGAUGAGCCGAGCAAAGAAAUAGAUGAUAUGGAAAGCCAGAGGGACAGUAUCAAGGAUGAUGGCAUUCGUUCUCUCAAGAUGAUUGACAAUAUCAAGUCGGAUAAUCAUGUUUAA